AUGGUGCCGUCAAAGUGUGACAGCAAACAUAAAAAACAUCUGCACAGUCGUGUUUAUGACCAUUUCAGAAUAAAAAUUAAAAAAGAUCUAAAUAUUACAAAUUUCGAACAAGCACUACACAGUAACGCUAACUUUGAUCAUAAUGUAAAGAUUUCAAACUAUGCUGAACAUAAAAAUUACGAUAAGAACGUUUUCAGCGAUGACGAUUGUCCGAAUAAUUGCAAUUUGGAAGUUGUUGAUAGAAUUAACAAAAAACAAAUCUUCAAAAGUAAAACAGAUGAAGAGGAAGUAAACUUAAUUAUUUUCAAACUUCAAUUUCAGAAUUAUUCGGCCAAUGUUAUGGAAACGUAUCCGUACAUGUUGAACAGUUACAUGGGCAAUCAAUGGAUGUGGGCAUCGAACAAGAUCGGCAGAAAGCUACUGGAGCUUCCACUAGAUUCUGAAGUUUUGUCACUCUAUUUGAUGAACUUCAAUAAACCCAUAAUGAACUUAAUAGUAUCGACAACACCCGCCAACUGUCUCGUCAUGGUUUCUCCUAAUUGCAGAUUGAAGUUAGUUCAAAAUUCUAUAGCUAAAGAAAUCAUAUCCGAAGAAAACUCAUUUUCAAAAUCUGAGCAUUUUUUGUGUCAUUACAUAUUUGCGAACGAGGAGGAUGAAAACAUUUCUUACCUGUCUCACCGUUGCUGUUCAGUGGAUAAAAUUUUGUCCAUGGAGUUGGAAUGUCGCAUUAUAAAACCGACUAACGAAGGCAUAUAUGUUAUCAAAUUGGUUAUUCGUGUUUUAUCAAUUUUCAUAACUUUAUUCAGUCCUAUCUUUGUUUUGAAAGUUAAAUCACUUUUACGUUACGACAAGGGUACCAAAUUUUUUCGAGCCUCUUUAAAACAAGGAAUCACGGGACAGCGAAAUUACGUUAUACGUAUUUCUUAUAGACAAUUGAUUAAUUUAAACGAUCAUAAACCAUUUUCAUUGCCAAGGUCAUUGUUUCGAUUAUUAUUUUAUUGUUAUGGGGAAGGCAAAUGUUGCAUUCAUUGGUGGGGGUCGUGGCCACAUCAGCCUUCAUUCUGCAGACCCCAUUCUAAAGUUAGGAAAUUUUGGUUCAUAGUUGUAAAAUUAAUUGGACUGUUGCUCAUUUAUCCUUUUUUGAUGCACAUUGCCAUUCUUCUAUAUUUUCCCAAACUAAAUUUUUAUAAAAUGGCAAUUAAUCAUUCUAGGGAGUAUAAUAUCAUUAAUCCUUUAGAAUUGAACCUUAAUUUUUUGGGAUCAUACAUCCUUAUAACGAAUAACUUCACACUCAAUCUUUGGAUGAUUUUUUCUGUUAUGGCAUUUGGUUACACAUUUGUUGUUCUUACGUGGACACAAAACUCGCUAGAAAAAUGUUUGAUCAAAAGCAGCAGUAAAAAACAAUUGGACCAUACCAAACAGUUACAACAGAGGUUAUCUGGAAGAUAUCAACCUAUAUUAAACAAACUGGAAUACGGCGACGAUGCUCAACACGUAAAACAUUUUGUUCGAAUCCCUUGCUUUCCGUCAAAAAUUCGACGACUGAUGAAAGCAUUUUGUAGAAUGGUCAUCGCACGCAUCCCACUUAUGAAUGUAUGCUUUGCACUUUAUCCCUCCGAAUCUAUGCUCUUCCCAACAAGUAAUGUCAUCAACCGAAGUAAUACAUUUGAUGACAUUCAAAAAGAUUGCAACUUCAGCGGUAUAAUUAAAAUUUUUUGUAAGUAUGUCCUGUCGUUUUUAUCAUGGGUUGGUUUUUGUUUGAUACUGAUAGGAUACAGCACAGUUAUAUUUUUAAUUGCAGAUUUUGCAAUUAAUGUUAUAUUCUUCGUUAUCAUUUCCUGUUUCGUUUAUCCUCAGACACUUUUUCCUUUUAUUUAUUACAUUUUAGUUAUAUUUACAUAUGCAAAUGGAUAUUUAAAAAACAUUAAUUCCAGACACCGAUUAAUUUUAAAGUUAAUUGACGAAAAUUCUCCCAGACUAUCUAAUUUGGACAAAAGUGACAUGGACGAAAAUGAAAGCACGUCGGUGAAGCUUGUAACAUCUCACAAUCUAGGAGCAGUUAAGUUUAUUGACAGUGAUGGGACAGAAUAUGUCUCUAAAGAAUUAUAUUACGGUGUUUGUGAUGAUUUAGAAUGCAGUUGGACAAACUGUCUUAACGAAUUUCUAACUCGUUUGUUUCAAAUUUUUGUUUACAUGAGUUUAUUGCUGUUACUUUAUCGGGCGUUUUAUUAUUUUACUAACUGCAGCUCGAUGAAUGGAGUUUAUUUGCUUGUUUUAGGUAGUAUGAUUCCAAAAUUAUUAAAGGAGAAAUUGAAUAGUCGAGAUUAUAGUAAGAAAAAACGCCAAAAAGAACACUGGACUAAAAUCAUAUCGGACAUUUUAGAUAAACACGUCAAAGUAGACAGAUUAAGUUCGGCAGUAGAUGAAAAUGAAGAACAUUUAUCUACGUAUGACGUUAGACCGGUUGGUUAUAUUGAACUGGAUUUGCCAAGGCACCAGGUUUUCAGAACAUUACAGAUUUGGAAAUUUCUUUGGUCGGUAUCCUGCGAGCAACAAACAAGAAGCACGGAUAGUUUCGUAAUUGCUUUGAGUAACAGAUUAGCUGCGGUAUCUUUUUUAACGAGAGUCGCACUUAAACAUAUGCCUGAUAACUUAGAUUCUGAAUAUUCUCUUAAAUGUUGGACCUUGUUAGUAGAAAGAUGUGUGUUAGAAGCUGCUAAUAAAUCUGUGGCUAUGUCACCAGCGCCUUACACCGAUACCCAUGCCUUGUUCCCGACUUUGUUACAACCUCUUUUGUCAUUUUUUGAGGUUGGAAAUACUAUAGACAGCUUGGUAGAUAGUGUAAACAGAGAACUUUACGAAUUUUGCAUAGUGGGCGUAAUUGUAAAUUAUAACUGCACAUCUAGUGUUAUAUUUAAAUUGGAUGAGAAUAGGAUAAUGGCCUUCAAUGGAUCUUAUCACGAAGAUAUUUCUGAUUAUUUUGGGUCUUUAAUUAUAGUAGCAGAUUUUAAUGCCCAAAAUUUACAGCUGAUAAUUAAAUAUUUAAUAGAUUCACAUCGCCCUGAUUCUGUUUCGGUUUAUGCAACAAUUUCUGCUGAGGGCUACCUUCUGAAGUCUCCAGAAAUAUUAGACAUUGAAUCAAUGGUUUAA